CAUCGUAAUCCAUAACAACGAGGCAGUGAAAUAAAUCAAUGAAGAACAAGCUAGAGACUCCUCUGGACCUGGUCAAGCCUUCAAGUAAAAUGUAUGCAAUGACUAAACACUCAUAAAUUGCGGGUGUUUAACUUGAAGACCGACUGAUUUCGAGCUCGUCCUCUCUAUCGAGUCUCGACGAACACGAUGGAGUUGACACACCUGCACCAUGACGACAAGUGUGCAUCCUAACGCACUGGCAGGCUUCGCGACUGGCACGAAUGAAGUAUAUGAUCGGGUUCGCCCCUUGUAUCCCGCCGAUUGUCUUUCUUAUGUUCGCAGUCAGGUAGCCAAGAGCACCAUACCAUUAAAAAUCGUUGAGAUCGGAGCAGGGACGGGCAUUUUCACCCGUGCUUUGUUGGCUCACUCCGAAUGGUCGCCGAGCAUAGGCACUCUGCGAGCUAUCGAACCAAGUGGUGGCAUGCGUGACUUUUGGACGAAGUCUGUCCAAGAUAAUCGCUGUACUAUUGUCAAUGGGACAUUUGACGACACCGGCGUGGAAGAUGGAUGGGCAGACCUCAUUAUAAUCGCACAGGCAUUCCAUUGGUGUCUCGACUAUGGUAAAGCUUUCACUGAGUUCGCUCGUAUUUUGAACAAGGGCGGGGCGGCUGUAUUUGUAUGGUACCUUGCAGAUAGGGAAGCUGCAGGUUGGGUUGCGCAAGUCCAACACUGUGUCGAGGCCCGUGGGAAUGGCAGUCCCCGAUUUCGCCUCGAUGUCUUGAGGCAGGGGUUCUCUACCCCUGAGUAUACCUCGUUAUUUCAUCCCCAAGAAGAGAAGCAAUGGGCUCAUCAUGGUCUUGCUACCGACCAAACUGUCACGGAUCGCGCCCUCAGUUGGAGUUAUAUUGCGAUACUCCCUCCAGAUGAGAAGGCUGAGGUAGCAGAGGGCAUCAAUGAUAUUCUUGAGCGAGGAGAUGGUAAAGUCUGGAUCAACAAGGAGCAGGGCACGUAUCAGGACCCACAUACGGCUCGCGCGAUGAUAUCAAGAAAGAAGUAGAACCGUUGAGUAGCCAUCCAUAGGCUCGCGGAUCUUUAGAGGAUCACCGGCCGGGACUAUGUCACUUAUGGGUAUUUCGAAAUUUGCUAUGACAACCAUUAUGACAGUGGCAUUUGGGAAGACUACCUACGUUUGUGAUGGAUCCCGAAGUCAAAACUCUUCGCCAGCUUAUGAC